AUGAAAAACAAUUCGAUCUCCUCGAUUUACUUGACAAUUGAGCUUUUGACCACUGUGUUACAUCACAUACAACACUUGGCAGCAGCCAAGAUCUUGCAACUCGAACAAAUCCACAUUGAUGAGGCCGUCAAAUUGGAACCCACUUUAUCCAUUUUCACACCUGAGAUCUGGCGAAGGGCCCAUCAAACAUUUCAAAAUCACGGCUUGGAAACGGUUAAUUUCCUGAGGAUCGUUACCGGUAAUCCUGCUGUUUUGAAAAGAACUCCAGAGAAAAUAAUCAACAGUCUGGAAAUCUGGAGAGCCUGUCAAUUCGGCGAGAAUCUACUACACCUGCUCCUUACGAAAUAUCCUGAAUUACUGGACAUUAGUGACUCUCACCAGCUACUUUCACACAUUGGCUUUCUCAAAAGUCGCGUUUCGACCAGCAAAAAUGUUUGGAAACUAUUGAUGAACAGCCCGGAUUUGAUAGCACAACCCGAGGAAAUUGUGGAGGAAAAACUGAAUUUCCUUAUCGAAGUGAUGCGCAUUGAAGUUCCGGAAAUAGUGAAAUCAGCUGCCUUAACUCUGCCUUUUGAGGAGAUGCGUUGCCGUCACGAGUUCUUGGUGCGCUUGGGUCUGUUCAAACCCCGGCCUCAGAAAGCCGAUCCCAAUGAGCCCACUUCGAACCACAAACUCUAUCAGAUUACGGACACUUCCGAGAAGAGCUUUGCCACCAAGAUAUGUCACGUCACCCUGACGGAAUACGAAGCCUUCAAGGAACUCUACGCCAAGGAACUGGAGCGCAAGUCCAGAAAGGCCAAGGAAGAAGAGGACCUUAGCGAUGAAGAUGAAUAGGUUUAGGAUUAAAGAUAAUUGUUAAAGAUAUUUUAUUAAAAAUGUAUUACAAA